UGUUGUGAAAGAACCUUCAUCAUGGCAUUGAUCAACCACGAAAGAAUUGAUACGGAUGUACAUCAAUUUGAAGAAAAAAUCCAAUUACUGCCUGGAUAUGCAGACGAUUUGAGUACAGCUACAUUCUGCUUGUUUAACGAGGAUCACACUAUUGGAAAUGCAUUGAGGUAUAUACUUAUGAAAAAUGGAAACGUUGAAUUCUGUGGUUACAGUAUCCCGCACCCAUCUGAACCGAAAGUUCACCUAAGAAUACAGAUGUACGACAAUCUGAGUGCUAUUGAUGCCUUGUAUAAGGGAUUGGAUGAUCUCGAGAGUAUGUUCAACGAAAUAGAAGCCUCCUACAAAACAAACCUCGAGACUGAAGAACACGAGAAGUACGUGACAAAGCAGAUGAAUCUAAGCGCUGUAAAGGAUAUGCUUAAUAAAUAA